UUAUUUUAAAUCUUAACGUAUUGCUCCCAGUGGAUAUAAAAACAUUGUUAACCAUAAAAAACAGUUACCAGUAGACAUAUAUAUGUCUACUGUUUACUGAAACGUUACAAAACCAUAAAAAUCGAACAAGCCAAUACAUAACCAUGUCUAUAUAAACGUACAUACAUUCGGCUACUAGCUUUCAACUGUUUACAGUUUUUAUCCACUUUUAUUAGAUAAAUAAAAAAAAAUUUACACCAGGGAUAUUUAGUCAUUUUCGUAUAUAAAUUUACUUUUUAAAUGUUUUUUUUUUUCAAAAGAAAAUUUAUAACAUUAUUUACAUUUGCCGUUGACUAAAAAUAUUUGCUUUUCGUGAAACAUUUUUCUCUCAUGGAACGUAAAACGAGUAUAAAGAUGUCUUCCAUUUGCGUUGCCUUAGUAAUCAACAAACUUUUGCCUACCCAGUAAAAUUCGAUUUAUCCGUCGUUGAUAAUUUACAUUCAGUUGUCUUUCUUUGUCUGACAAAGUAAACAGAAUUAUUCAACAUAAUAUAAAUGCGAAUUUUUCCUAUCUUGUAAGUGUCUGUUGCAAUAUUCAUAUAGUGAAAGAAAUAACUGUAAAUAUUCGCUUUUUUAUCUUGUAUUUUUUUAAACGCGAAAAUCUCGAAAAAGAGUAUGAAAAGAGUAUUUAAAUAAAGGAAGAUGUCUUUUUUCGUGGACGUUGUAACUGAAGAUUCAUUUUAUGAAAAUCUCAUGUUGGGCGUGAUGAAAAUUUUGGAAAAUAGUCCAUGCGUGAAAAAUGUUGAAAUUGACAUGAGAAGUCCUUGCGAUAGAGUGGCACUUUCCACUUGGGAGCAAAGGCAUUGUUGUAAUUUACCUGAAGAAAUGAGGAAUUUUUAUGCUUCUGUAGAUGGAUUUCUUUUAACUUGGAGUCUCGAUAUUUCAGGGGAGGAAUUUCCAGUGGGUAAAAUGGAGGUUGGUGAUCUUGCAUCCCUAAAACGUUUUGUGGGCACUAAAGAACAGCAAACGACAGCAGAAUCAAGUCGUCGUGAUGGUCUUCAACUUCCUUCUUUUAGUCCUCGUUGCAAGCUCUUUGAAAUUGGUCAAUGUGGCGAAAGUAAAAUUAUUCUCGUUUAUCAAAUUACAUCCGAUCAAUGUGAACCCGGAAUAUGGCUUUAUCAUGAAACUAAAUGUCAAUGGCACUUUAUUACAAAUAAUUUCAUCAAUUAUUUUCGUAUGAUGUUGGUACAUCUUGGAUUACCCUUGUGGCAAUAUUGCGUCGUUGGAUUGUCAUUGCCCACAUGGGUGGAGCAAGUAUUCUUUUUAGUUGGACCACAUUUGCUGCCAAUGACGGCAAAAUUAAAAGAAACCAUUUCAACAACCCUCUGGAAUGAUGGUCCAAUCAAUGUAAUUGAUCCGACAAUUUUUAAGGGCAAGGAGAAUAAACAGAGAAUUUUGAAAAAGAAAUAAUGACAUUUUAAGGUUAUAUAAGCGCAAAAUGAGAAAUUUCAAUAUGAAUAUUUGUGUGUAGAAAAUAAUUAUUAUUUAAGUCAAUUAUAAAUGGUACUUGUUUCAAAUACAGAAGUUAUUGGUGCAAAUACAGUUUAUUUAAUUCAAUUAUUUGGUUCAAGUAAUCGAUUAGUUGAAUCAAAUAAUUUUUUUUUCAGUGUUUAUACCAUAGAUUAUAAAUAUUUACUUAUAUACGUUUAUUUGAGUUAAUAAUUCAUUAAUCUUUUUGACGAAUCCUUGGCCCAAUUGGCACUGAUUUUCGGGCAAAAAGUUUUAUCAGUCAAAUUUGUGAAUCUUUUACACAUAGGUUACUAUUUGGCAAACAGUAGUUUUGGCCACGUGACAGAUUAUAAUAGUCUAUGCGUCGCUAGAGUUGAAUUUUUUUUCCUUUCUUUUUUCUUCAUCUAAACUUCUGCAUUGUUAUUGAAGAAAAAUAUAAUCAAUUUCAAAAAUAACUAAAGUCUGUGAACCUGAAACUAUUGUGUGCUAUUUUACAUUUUUCGUCUUGAUUUUUUGCAG